AUGUUUGUUCCCCAUGAAUCUGGAUAGAAGAUAGGCCUAAGGUCAAUCAGUCGGUUUAACUAUGGGGAACUCCCUAGCACCACAAAUCGCAAAUGCUGAGAAGACUGGAGUUUGCUCAUUGAAUGGGAAAGGCCUCAAGGAGCUUCCUCCAGAAUUUUCAAGGCUUUCAAAGGUUUUGCGUACUACUGACUUAUCAAAAAAUAAACUUCAUGAUCUUCCUGCUGUGCUUGGUCAGUUCACAAAUCUAAGAAGCCUUACAAUUGAUUAUAACAUGAUUGGGAGCAUACCUGAGUUUCUGGGGAAUCUCACAAAACUGGAAACUUUAAGUUUGGGUCAUAAUCAUAUUCGUGAAAUUUCAAAGUCAGUCUUCCCAAAGUUGAAGAACUUAACAUCAUUAACAUUGAGGAACAAUAAAAUCAAAUCCUUCCCAGUUGAAAUUUGCCAGUUGAAAAAACUUGAUGCAGUAGACCUUUCCGGCAAUUUGAUCGAAAGCAUUCCGGAUAACCUUGAUGGCUUGCAUGCUGUUGAACUUAACAUGAACCAAAACAGACUCAAGGAGCUGCCAGGGUCACUUUGUAGAUGUGAGAGACUCAAAGUGUUUAGAGCUGAGGAGAACUGUAUUGGACUUGAUGCCAUUUCAACCGAUUUACUUAAAAACUCCCAAAUAGCUGUUCUGGCUCUGGAUGGGAAUUUAUUCCAGAUGAGGUCACUACAUGACAAGGAUGGCUACGAGUCUUACAUGGAACGCUACACUGCAACAAAAAAGAAGUUUGUUUAGAAAGGAUGUUCAAGAACCAAAUUUCUUAAUUAUUUUGCGAAAUUCAUUCUCUGAUUCAUUCUAAAAAAAGGUAGCGCAGACACUAUUUAAUCGUAUUUAAAAUACAUUUCAUAUAUGUGCUCAUCAUUUUUAAUCUUUUGAUGACAAUCUUGGUAAAGUUUCUCUCUUUCCACUAGAAUAAGCAUAUUAGCAGCUCACCUAUUCUUGAAAGAAUUUCAAACUUGUAUCUGCUAUUUUUCUUAUUUAUUAGAAUAAACAUUAUUUUUGCAAAUAGAUUAAGCAACCGAUGUUCAAAAAAUUCUUGCAUAUGUGAAUAAACUUGUAAUAAUAUAGUAGAUUUUGCUGUGCAAUACCGUGUAGGUAAAUUAUUAAUUUUGUAUAUUAAAUCUUCUUUUAUCCUC